GCUGGGGACAGCGUGCCAGGGUGGUAGAACAGGAGUCCACGAGACAGUGGAGUGGAGUGGACACCAAGGAAGGAGGAGGUUCUGGGCUGAGUGAGGAGACCACUGUUUGUCAUCACAUCAGCACCAAUGACUUGCUAACGUGUGCAUGGAUUGGCCUGUAAGACUAAUAAUAGCUGGUGGCACAUGUUUGCUAUUUCUGCCGUCAUAGCUUCCAGCUAGCUCUGACGGCUUCUACUGCAGGCGGAACUUCUGCGGUACCUUUCCUUAUGUAACAUUUUAGUUGUGACACUUUAGAUCACGUAAGGCCAAACAGUUGCAUGCUGUGGAAAGUUCCUUACUAAUUAAAUCCCUUAGAAGCUGGAAUAGGAUGAGACUUUGGAGAUUUUAGAACACAGGUUGUGAGAUCAGUUUGAUUGGUUGCAACCAGCUUUUAUUGUUUUUGAAGAAUGAACGAGAAAAGCAGACAUCUGUGUGCAUGGUAUACAGUAAGGGCUUUGGUAAGACAGGUAGGGCUCCUGGAUGCAGCUGCGGGUGUGGCGGGUCUCCGUGGGGUGCAGUCCUCACAGGCGCUCUGCGUGGGUGCCCGCCCACUGCUUCCCGAAUGCUCUCCUCUGCAGGACCUUGAGAAGCCUCUCUCGUCCCCACAGCAGCCUGCGUUUAUCCUGGCGUCUGGACUGAUGGACCGUGCCAUGCCCCACGAGCCCUGCUCAGGGAGCCAGGAGGGCCCGUCACUUCAGCUGCAGAGGAGCGAGCCGCUCGUCUCUGAGGGGGACGCCCAGGAACUGAGACAGAUCCUGAGGAAGCUGAAGAGUCUCGCACUGGACACUGAGACGGAGCUGGAGAGGCAGGAUGACGUCCUGGACGGCAUCACCGCAGCCAUUGACCGGACCACCUUAACCAUUGACAAGCAUAACCAACGUACGAAGAAACUGACCUAGGACUGGAAAGCAGAGAGGUGACUGGUUCUGAUGACAGUGGCUUCCCUGAGGACUUUGUCCUCAACACUUGCAUGCUUCCUACAUAAAAAUCUGGGAAGUCGUCCCAGGGGCCAGUUAGUAGUUGGAGGCCCUGUGCCAGGAGCUGUGGGCUUGCCUCAGGGUGCAGGGCUGCUGUGAUGUGAUUCCUGCCAUAAUACAGGCAGGGAAGGGGGAGCUCCAGGAGAGGGAGGUCUGCCUGCAGAUCCAGCAAGUCCCCCCAAGCCCCUGCCAUGGUGGCCCUGCUCCCCCACUCCCCCCAGGCCCCAGGUCCCUGCUCCCCUGUUCCCCUACUCCCCACAGGCCCCAGCUCCCCUGCUCCCCCGUUCCCCUCAGG